AGUAAGGAGAAGCGGAACGCUUUGCCUUCGUGUGUUAGCUCGACGGUUCAAUUAAGAUGUUGCACAGUGUUCCUGUUGAUGCACAUGUGAGCUCUGGUGCAGAUGUGAAUAUCGAUAGAAGAAACAACAUUGUGAACGUAGGAAUUACACAUUCCCUAAACCUGUAAUCUGCAGUCAUGGGGAGGCUGAGAAAGAAACACAACUGGAAGGCGAGGGAACAAAACGCAGCAGCUCCCAAACCUGCUGAAGACAUGAAGAGUGAAGUGAUGCUGGAGUUAGACGAGUCCACCAGGCUGAAGGGAGUGGAUGAAAGUAACACACUGGUUCUCCCAGGCACCAGAGCUAAGAAGAAGAAGGUAGAGCAACCGGUGACGAAGAAGAAACCUCUGACCAAAAAACAGAAAAAAGUUCUGCAGAAAGUUCUGGAGCAGAAAGAGAAAAAAGCCCAUCGAGCAGAGGUCUUGGAUAAAUUGGCAGAAGUUCAGCUGCCACAAUCUGAACUGAAGUUGCUUUACACAACCUCCAAACUAGGCAUCGGAGAAAAACUUUAUCAAACUAAAGAAGUUAAUGUUGACAGUCUAGAUGAUGGUUCAGCAACAGUCAAAAUCAACAGUCUCAGUGGUGCUAACAGAAAAAGGAAGAGAAAAAUUAAUGAGGAUGAUGAUGAUGGCGAAGAACCAGACUCUUCCAAGGAGGAGACAAGCAGCAUGUCAGACUCUUCUUCUGAGGAAGAGGGGGAUAAUGUGAUGGAAGAGGUAGAAAUUGAGGAAAAAGCAGCACCUGCUGUAAAGGAGGAACAGGAGGCAGAAACAAAAGAGGUGGAAGUAAAGGAGGUGGAGAAAACAAAAGAGGAAAAAACAGUUGCACUGAAGAAAAAAGACUGUCAGCCAGCCGUGUUCAUUCCUGUAGACAGACUGCCAGAGAUCCAGGAGGCACGGCUGAAGCUGCCAGUGUUGGCAGAGGAGCAGGUGAUCAUGGAGGCAGUGAAGGAGAAUGAUUGUGUGGUGUUGUGUGGAGAGACCGGCAGUGGCAAAACCACACAGGUUCCCCAAUUCCUCUACGAAGCUGGAUAUGCAAGUGCUGGUGGUAUAAUUGGUGUGACUGAGCCCAGAAGAGUGGCAGCAGUCAGCAUGUCUCACCGUGUAGCCAAUGAGAUGAACCUCUCCACAGGGGUGGUGUCUUAUCAGAUCAGAUAUGAAGGCAAUGUGACAAAAGACACGAAGAUCAAGUUCAUGACAGAUGGUGUCUUGCUGAAAGAAGUUCAAAAGGACUUCCUGUUGCACAAAUACAGUGUGAUUAUAAUUGAUGAGGCUCACGAGCGCAGCGUCUACACUGACAUUCUCAUUGGCCUGCUCUCACGCAUUGUGGCACUCCGCAAUAAGAAAGGUUUGCCCAUGAAACUGCUGAUCAUGUCUGCUACACUGCGAGUGGAAGACUUUACUGAAAACAAGAGACUGUUUUGCACACCUCCACCCGUCAUAAAGGUAGAGGCUCGUCAGUUCCCAGUCACAGUUCACUUCAACAAGCACACACCACUGGAGGAUUACACAGCAGAAGCCUUUCGCAAGACAUGCAAGAUUCACCGCAUGCUGCCACCAGGUGGUAUCCUGGUGUUUCUGACAGGCCAGGCAGAGGUGCAUUCUGUGUGCAGGAGACUGAGGAAAGCAUUUCCAUACAGACCCAACAACAUGGAGCAUACUGAAACAGAGGACACAUCAGAGGAGCUGAAAAAAAUUAAGAAGCAGAAACAGAAGAAAUCAGUAUCUCUUCCUCGCAUUGAUCUGGACAACUACUCGGCGCUACCUGUGGAUGACAGGGAUGAAGAUCGCCAGGCUGGCAUUGAUGAUGAUGAUGAUGACGAAUGCUCAGAUCUGGAUCUAGGCGAUCAACCAGAAGACACUGAGGAGAAGGCAGAUCCCUCCAUUCCUCUGUACGUGCUGCCACUUUACUCCCUGCUGGCACCCGAGCAGCAAGCUAAAGUGUUUCGUCCACCUCCUCCAGGUGCCCGUUUGUGUGUGGUCGCCACCAAUGUGGCUGAGACGUCUCUCACUAUUCCAGGAAUUAAGUACGUGGUUGACUGUGGUCGGGUGAAGAAGAGAUUUUAUGACCGAGUGACUGGUGUCUCUACCUUUAAGGUCACCUGGACUUCGCAGGCCUCAGCCAAUCAGAGAGCUGGCAGGGCAGGAAGAACAGAGGCAGGACAUUGCUAUAGGCUCUACUCAUCUGCAGUGUUCAGUGAUUUUAGUCAGUUCUCUGAGGCUGAAAUCACUCGUCGCCCUGUUGAUGACCUUGUUUUGCAAAUGAAAGAUCUCAACAUUCAGAAGGUGGUGAAUUUUCCGUUCCCUACUCCACCAUGUUCAGAAGCACUGGUGUCUGCUGAGCAGCUACUUAUCUCUUUGGGUGCUCUAGAGGAACCACCUCGCCAGGGGAGAAUGGUAGACAUGAAGCGAGCUAGUUUAUCAUGUCCUAUAACUCCUUUGGGACGUGCCAUGGCAGCAUUUCCUGUUGCACCACGCUAUGCUAAGAUGCUUGCACUGGGCCGGCAGCAGGGCUGCAUGCCCUAUAUCAUAACAAUAGUGGCAGCUAUGACUGUUAGAGAAAUCUUUGAGGAACUGGACAGACCAGCAAGUAAUGAGGAGGAGAGCAGUAAGUUGGCUGGAAGAAAAGCACGCUUCAGUCAAAUGAGGAGGUUGUGGGCAGGCCAGGGCCAGUCUUUACUGUUGGGGGAUCUCAUGGUGAUGCUGGGUGCUGUUGGGGCUUGUGAGUUUGUUGGCUGCACACCAAAAUUCUGUGAAGAAAACGGCCUUCGCUACAAAGCUAUGUUAGAGAUACGGAGACUGCGGGGACAACUCACUAAUGCAGUGAAUGCUGUGUGUUCUGAUGCUGGUGUGUGUGUGGACAGCAAAAUGCCUCCUCCAACUGAAUCUCAGGUAGCAUGCCUGAGGCAGAUUGUGUUGGCUGGUUUAGGAGAUCAUCUGGCCAGGCGAGUACAAGCUGAGGAGCUAUUGGAUUCAAAGUGGAGAAAUGGCUACAAGACUCCUCUGCUGGAUGAGCCUGUGUUUAUUCAUCCGUCCUCAGCACUUCACAAAGAACUGCCUGAGUUUGUCGUCUACCAAGAAAUUUUUGAAACUACCAAAAUGUACAUGAGAGGUGUGUGUGCAGUGCAGCCUGAUUGGAUCCCAAAACUACUUCCCCAGUAUUGUCACUUCAGUGGACCGGAACAAAACCCUGCUUCAUGGUACUGCACCCUCAGUGGCAAUGUGAAGUGUCAACAGAAGAGCACAUUUUUCAGAGUUGGAUGGAAGCUUCCUGCCAUUGAGAUGGAUCAUCCCGAAGGCCUUGACCGAUACAAACUGUUUGCCAAGUUUCUGCUAGAAGGGCAGGUGUGUCCUAAAUUGCAGCGAUACAGCACAUGUUUAUUGUCAAGCGCUUCAACCAUGCUAAAGACUUGGGCCAAGCUGCAGCCUCGAACAGAAAACCUUUUGGGAGCAUUGGUGUCAGAAAAAGUGGACAACCGAGAUGCCUUACAAGCUGCGUGGAAGAAAAAUGAAAAAUUUCUCCUGUCUGCAUACUGUCAAUGGGUUCCAGAGUCUCUUCAUGAAGAAGUCACCAAGAACUGGCCUCCUGUCUGACACACUCUGCCUUAUCACCCAUCAGUGGAAACACUAACACUGCCCCUUUAAAAAUUUUAAGAGCUGGCCUUGCGGGAUCCACACCUGCAUAAGCACAUAUCUCAAGGCUGCAGAAGGUUUUCUAUUGUCUCUGCAGAGAUUAAUGGACAUUUUUACCAGCUUUCUAUAUUUAUUCAUGAGCUCACUCUGGGCUUAUGGUGGAUAAAAUCUGUGGGAACAUGGACCUUCUGUUCAUAUAUUUAAUCCUGAACUGAAAAGAAUGACCAUUGAAAGUAUGAAUGUGUUUAAGGUAUAUUGCAUUUGGAAAUGUAGUCAUUAAGAGACAAAAACGAAAGAGUUUGUGUGGUUCAAAAGUUUUACUAGUUGUGAAACUUCUAAAUACUAUAUAUAU